GGGGGGGGGCAGGAGGCGCCCGUCCCGCUGCCCGACUCAGUGCUGUGCUGCUCCCGCGGGCGCCUCUACGCUCUGCCUUGCGCCUGGUCUCUCUGCGGUCCGCCUCCAGAUCUACUGAAGAGUUAGCACCACCCAGCGAAGAUGUCCACAGACGUCUGGGUAGGAACGUGGAGACCCCACCGGCCGAGGGGACCAAUUGCUGCCCUCUACAGCAGCCCCGGACCCAAAUAUGGACUCCCGACUAAUGUGGGUUACCAACAACACGAUCCCUCUCGAUUCCGGGCCCCGGCCUACAGCAUGGGCAGCCGACGUUUCCAGAUGCUGGAGAGCUGUUCUCCCGGGCCGGGCUACAUGGUCCCCACCAACAUGACUAUGAGAGGCAAGGAUGGCAUCCCCGCCUUCUCCAUCUACGGGCGCCCCAAGGACGGGGCGACCUUUCGGACGCCGGGGCCAGGUCGUUAUUCUCCGGAGAAAGCCGGGAAGUUGGCUUAUCCGUGUCCCCCAAAUUACUCCAUGGCUUCACGGACAAAGGACUUCCAGAACGAACAGACGCCGGGGCCCGCCGCCUACGGCCUCCCUCCAAUGAUGGGCCCCAAGGUGAUCGGCAAGAGCUCAGCCCCCAAUUACUCCAUGUUUGGACGCAGCGCCAUUGGCAGCUUCUACGAGGACCUCAGCCGGACUCCGGGGCCGUGCAAUUAUCGGGUGGUGGAGACCAGCGUCUACAAGAAUCGCCCCCCGCAUUACAGCAUCAUCGCGCGGAACAUGCUUCCAGGGGACACGACCAUCAUUCCGGGACCCGGGGCCUACAGUCCGGAGAAGCACAACCCCCUCCGUGGCUUGACUUUUGGGAUCCGCCACUCGGACUACGUGGCUCCUCUGAUUGUGGACGUGGCAGAUUAGGCCACGGCUGGGCAGGCCGGACAAGAAGCCGUUCUUUGCCAA